UUCAAUGUCUCUCAGGCCCCAACAUACAUGACCUCAAGGUCUGACCCCUCUCCACGUCGCAUAUCCCUCACUCCCCCCCCCCCAGACUUUCCGUGCAGACACGCCCGACCCCUGCUGCAGCCCUACACGCGACCGACGUGUAUGUAGCACAGCUCGACUACAUAUGCCCAUUGAAUAGUCCGACUCGCUUGGAUCGGGGGUUUUCGAGAUGAAUAGUGCUUUUUCCGGAAGGGGAGCCAAUACCCCUUAUGCAUUCAACCCAGGCGCCAAUCAGAGCCCCGCCGCAGCAGUGGGCAGCGCAUCCAAACCGAAUGCUACGCAGGACAGACUAAUUGUUGGAGUUGACUUUGGUACUACGUACAGUGGUGUUGCGGCAGUUUACAGCGCUACUCCAGAGGACAUAGAUAUUAUCAAAACAUGGCCUGGUGGCAAUGGAAUCACUUCGGACAAAGUCCCGACCGAGAUCGCAUACGAAAUGCCCUCGCAGAACAGCACCAACAGCUCCACCACGUCGCUAGACAGACUGGGAAAGCAGACACAGAACAUAAAAUGGGGCUUCCAAUUCAAGCCUGAGGAGACUCGACUCCGCUGCAUAAAGCUCUUCCUGGACCGAAACCACAAGCUGCCCCAUUUCGUCUCUCCCCUCGAAACUGCAGCGCAGUUGAGAAAGUACGAGAAGACGGUUAUGGAGGCGGUGACAGACUAUCUCAGCAUGAUAUAUAAACAUACUAUGGAAACACUAACACGAAGAUAUGGGGAGACAUUCAUGGGCAUGACAAAAGUUCAAUUCGUCCUGACUGUUCCUGCGGUUUGGUCAGACUCAGCCAAAGACGCAACCCUAAAGGCCGCAGAGAAGGCUGGAAUGGGCAACCGACAUGACCUCAAACUUAUUUCAGAGCCCGAGGCAGCCGCCGUGUAUACCCUGAAAGCAAUCCAACCCAAUCACCUCAAAAUCGGGGACAAUUUCAUAGUGUGCGACGCUGGUGGUGGAACGGUCGAUCUUAUAGCGUACAAAAUAACGCAGCUCAAUCCACUUCGGGUCGAAGAGUCCGCUGUUGGCACAGGCGGUUUAUGCGGGUCAGCGUUCCUGAAUUACAGAUUCGAAGACCACGUUAAGCGACGCAUCGGUAAUGAACGGUAUAUCAUGAUGCGAGAGAAGAAAGCUAAAACAUGGAAUAUGGGACUCAAGUACUUCGAGGAAUUUGUUAAGAGGAAUUUUAACGAAGAUGAACAUAACGAAGUCAAUGUUCCCUUUCCUGGUCUCCCCGAUGAUGAAGAGGCGGGCUUGGAUUCGGGGUUUUUGGUCAUGACCGCGGAGCAAGUCAAAGAGAUUUUCGAUCCCGUCGUCCAGGAGGUCAUUGAUCUAGUGGAAGGCCAGGUCAAUAGUAUACGGCGUAAGGACGGAUUGGUUUGCGGGAUUGUGCUAGUCGGUGGCUUUGGACAGAGCAACUAUCUGUACAGUCGCAUGAAAGCACACUUCAACAACGCGCCGCCGCCACCGUAUACCGAGAGACCAACACAUGCGGUAGCAUUAAACGCCCCGCAGACGAUCGAGGUCAUGCACCCGAUGUAUGCAUGGACGGCUGUUGUGAGAGGCGCGGUGUUGAGAGGACUUGAGGGAAGCAUGGUGAUGAGUAGAAGGAGUCGGUGGCACUAUGGCACCAGCUACGCAACUGUUUUCGACGAAGCGAAGCACCCUAUUAGCGAUCGAUAUUGGUCUCCGCUGUGGGAACGAUGGAUGGUUAGUGAUAGAAUGCAAUGGCACAUUGCUAAGGGUGCACAAGUCUCCGAAGCCCAACCCAUAUCCUUCCACUACACACGCAACUUCCGCCCCGGUCAAAGCCUAGUCGUAGAAGACGACCUCAUCGCAUGCGAUGCAGACACGGCGCCGGACUCUUACCGCAAAGGUCUCAUUAACGUAUGCACGCUUACCACAGAUCUGAACACCGUCCCAAAGAGCUUAUUCACGCGAUUGACGACAACAAAAGGGGUAGAGUUUGACAACCUGGAUUUUACGCUGGAUAUGAAAAUUGAGAGUGCAGGACUAGUGUUUGAGUUGAAGGUUGAUGGUGUUAGAUAUGGGGCUGUUAGUGCGAAGUUUCAUUGAGGGGUUGGAUACUAGGUUGUGUGAGGUGGAAGGGUAGUUUGUUGAAUCUGCGUUUCUAGUAUAUGAUAUCCGGCAUUUCUCUUGGACAUUUACGGGGAAAGAGGAUCUUUCGGGAUGGGAGAGGUGGAAAUAUAGGGUUAUCAUAUCAACGUUCAAAACUUAGCUACACCUGCCUAGAGUUGGAUUCGUCACAUAUUAGAAU